AUGGUGGAGCAGAUGCAGGGAAGACUGCGUGUCCAGAGCCAGUCAUCCGUCCUUGCGAUGGCGUGUAGCGAGAGAGACGCGGACCUGGCAGUGGAGUUCCUGGCCAGCAGACAGUCCCCCCAGCCUCUUCCUGCCUCCCUAGUGAGAGAUCUGGUGGCUCUGUCCAGAGAGACUGGUCGACCAGACCUGGUGGAGCAGCUGUUAGGGGUUGUCAGGGAGACUCGUCAGCCACUGACUGGAGAUGGAGUUGCUCAACUGAGGCUCUGGGCCGCCAGUCAGCCACAGCCGUACACAUGUGAACUCACCACAGUCAGUUCAAGUGGGGUGUGUACUAAUUGCCAGGGGCGACUGGAGAAAGCUCUGACAGAGGGUGACCACCAGAAGCUGCUGAGAGCUGUGACUGAAGCCGUCCACUCUGAGGGACUAGGGUUUUCUCCUGAACUCAUCUCCAACUUGUCUCGACUCCAGAAGAGACUCUCUGCAGUCUCCUCUCCAUAUAAAGUGGUGGUAGACGGCCUCAACGUAUCGCGAGUCUCGUCCAAGAACUUCAGUGUCAUGCAGGUGAUGGACAUUGUGAAUCAGCUGACAGGGACAGUGGGUGGACCUGUUCUGGUGGUUGCUAGGAAACACCUGGCGAAGGAGAUGGACCAGCUCCCAUCGUUCUAUUCGUCAGUUCCUCGCAGCCACGACUUUCAUGUCUUCACCACUCACAUCAACGAGAUAUCAGAUGAUAUUUGUGUCAUAUACGCAGCACUCACUACAGGCAGACACUGCUAUAUUGUGUCAAAUGACCACAUGUCAGACAACGCCUCAAUGCUAGGUCCUGAGGACGCCAAACUGUUCUCAAUAUGGCAGGCCAGCAGGCAGAUUACGGUCCAACCAACCACUGUCAACCUACUGUAUCCAGGUGACUACAGCAAGUCCACACAGGCCAGCGAGGAAGGAUGGCACAUCCCUAUAUCCCUCUCCUCCAAAGCCACACCCACCAAUGACACAUGGUUGGUGGACGGUCGGAGACGAUGGAAUGAAGAUGAAGACGUCAGCCACACCCCCCAACCAGACUGGCUCUGUCUCAGGAGAUAAAACUUAUAAAACUGAUGGACAUACUCAGUACAAUGAAAAAUGACACUUCCUUAUAAAACUAACUCCAUCAGUCGCUACCAUCAAAAAAAUAAGUUAAAACACUUGCCUAAAAGGCAAGCUGCACGUAGCAUGUCAUCUUUAAAAUGAAGCCAGCACGGCCAGUCAUUGUUGUGUGGUCAGUGGUUGGAGUCAGGAAAGGGGACAGCAGUCAGUUGUGAGAAGGUUUGGUCGAUGCAUGACUUGAGGUCAGAGUACGAGACGAUGAGGACACUUUGUUCAUCUCGUGAGUGGAGCAGAAUAUUCUCACUCACACCAGAAUCCAGCUGGAGGGGAAGUGGGGUGGAGCACAUCUUGUUGAGGGACUGUACAAUGU